AUGGAGCCUGAUCCUGCUGUGGAAGGCCUGUCAUGGCCAUCCAUGUCCCCUUCAUCCAAUGACAGCAACAAACGCGAGGCUCCAAACCCGAUUAUAUUGACAGUCCUUGGGUUGUCAGGUGACACCUUGCCGAGUGGUGGUGAUGCAGCUCGCGAAGAACCUGAACUAAUCGGAAUAUUUGAACAGGCAGAUAUCUGCUGUUGCCCGGUUGGAAUAUUCAGCACCGAAGUAUUACGGUGCAGGACCGGUGAUAUGUUGACUUCUCUCGCGUGGCGUCGAAUAACCGAAGUUACGGAUCGCCCGAGGUUCUGA